CUCCAUUUCUUUUUGUGAAUACAGACUAACACGGCUGCUACUCUGAAACCUGUCCAGCUGUUGAUUCUCGCCCAUGCACCACGUGUGUGCGUGUGGAAGGGGGAGGGCUAAACCCCUUCCCAGGGCCUGAGCCCCCCCUGACUCAUCCACUAUCACUCAGUGAGUCUCUGGGUCUGCAUCUGAUCCCAGAGUCAAGGAAAAGGCAUGAAACCUGCCCUCCACAAGGGGUUAAUAUUGGUCUGUCAAUCACCUGACUUCCUUUCCUGGUGGGCUAAAUCCUUUUUUUUUUUUUUUAAACUGGGGAGUUGCUAGGCAGGAUUCCAAUGUGGGCGGGCACAGCCUGAUUUUUCCCAUUGGUGUAUUUUUGUGAUUGGGUGACUGUCUUGCCAGGUGACAGACCCCUCUUCCUCUGUCGCUGUAAUUGGCAGAAGGGGUUGAACAGAAUGUGAUUUUUCGAUUGGCUAGAUGAGACUUGUUGCGAGGCAAAGUAGCCAGCCGAUUGUUGGGGUACUAGGUUGUGUUUUUGCUGGAGAAAAACAGGUGUGUUUUUAUAUGCAGACAAUUAUCUGGGUGUAAAAUCCCAACGUAGCCAUGGCACCGGUAGUUUUUACCUCCAUGUGACAACAGGCAGAGGUGCUCUUCCUUUAGAAAGAAAGUUGGAGGGUCAAAUCUUCUAGUCCUUAAUCAACUAAAACUUCUAUUGCAGUCAUAUUGGCUCAGGGACUGGAUUUUCUGGAGUAUUCUGAACAGUGCUCAGUACACAGAUGGUGCCCAGUGAAUAAUGCAAAUCAUGAUAAUAAUCAUCGACUUUAUGGACUCAGUGGAUGCUGUUUCUGUUCUUUGUUCUGGAAUUGGCCUGAGCACAGCUGAAAUCCUAAGAAUUUGUGGCAUAAAAACAUACCUGAUACUCAUACUUUCUCAUUCCUUUCUUUUCUCAAACUCAGAACAAAAAAUGACUGAACAAAAUGGUUUUCAGUUAAAAUGUAAAAUUGCACAGCAGCCAUUGCUCUACAACCCAGCAUGUGGCAGAACCGGCCUCCCCUUCGAUGUUAAGUGAUCUCCUCUCAUCUGACUCUCAUUCUCCAUCCUUCCUAACCUCUGUGCUGCUUUUCAUGCUGUCAACCAUGACAUCGAUCCUGGGACCAUUUGCAGGAGUCUCAGAGAACUGGCCGCCUUGGUUUUGCUCCCAUCUAUCAGAGUCGCUGGAUAGGGAGCUAGCCCUGAAACACCUGGGUUCUACUCCCUCCAGGGACUUCCUCUCUAACCCCUGGCCAGUGCUGUAAGGACAGCGGUUUUAGGCACCCAAAGAUACAGCUUGGCAUCUAAUGGGGUUUGCAAAGCACCUAACUUUCUAAGUGCAUUUGAAAAUCUCACUAGGUGCCUAAAAACCUUUGAAAAUCUGGCCUUUAAAAGGCUGUGUGUGCCUCAGUGCCCCACCUGUACAAUGGGGAUAACAGCAUUGCUCUACCUCACCGAGGGGCUGGGAGGAGAAAUAGAUUAGACGUUGUGAUGUGCAGCCUCAGAUACCAUGGUGAUGAGGCCACAUAAAUACCACAGACAGAGUGGGAGCCUCUCUAUACAUGGCUAGCCCCGCUCUGGGUCUGACCCCGUCAGUUCAUCUACAUCCCCAAAUCUCCCCCUUUUCUGCAUGUAACCUUGUCUCAGUGCUUUGCUGUAUUUUUUCUAACUCCCCUGUUCUCUCGAACACAACCCCUCCUCCCUCUCCCCCCUCCACAGAGGUAUUUCUCUUUUACAGGCUAAACUUCCAGACCCUUAAUCCCCAGCCCUUUCUUAUCUUAAUCACCCAGCCUCUGUUCCUAAACAAAAUCCUGACUCCCUGCCCCAGGGGCACCUCUCCUGUGCACAACCUCACAGUAACCCCAUACUGUAGUGAAGAGCUCCACCUGGGAGCUUGCACACCUCCUGUAUGAAACUGGGGGGGCUCCGGCCCUCCCCUGCCCCCCGAAUUGGUGCCCUUGGUGGGUUGACUUUAAGUAUCUCUUUCUGUAUAACAACAUAGUAUAAGCCUAAAGCCCAGCCCAUUGGGAUAGUCCCCGCCUGCUUGUCUAAUUGCACUUUCACUUUUGAGUUGGGCUGGGUCGGAGCUGGUCUCUUGGCUGCUGCUGCUGGGCCCGGAUUAGAACCGGAACCAGCCCAGAACUUUGGACUUUGUGUCCUGCGAGCGGGCCCAGGAAGUUCCCCGGAGAAGGGGGCAAAGGCUCCAGGGGACGGACACCCCAGGACAGGGCGGUGGCGCCAGGCUCACUGAGGCCUGCAGCUUGUUGCCAAUUAUGAGGACCUGGAGGCAGCGCUGAGCUGUAGAGGUCAGAGACUCCAUGCCCUGCGGGGGGGGCAGAAGCCCACACACUCUGCGGUCUGUUCUCAGGACCAUGCUCUGGAUUUUUGUCAUUUUCUUGAUAACACAACUACCGCAUUCCGAAGCUGUAAAUUGCUACCCAGGCGAAUAUGAAAUAAAUGGCGAAUGCUGUCCCUUGUGCAGUGCUGGGACUAGGGUGGUCAGACAUUGUAGAGAAAGUAGCAGCACAACUUGCAUGCCUUGUGUGGACGACACAUAUACAGAGCAUCCCAAUGGCCUAACGGAAUGCAUGAGAUGUAAACUGUGCGAUGCAGGAGCCAGACUGAUAAUAAAAGAAAAAUGCACAUAUACGAAGAACACCAUGUGCGGCUGCGCCCCGGGGGAUUUCUGCAGGCACUUUGCAGACGGGGACUGUGAAAUGUGUAGACCCUCCACCAUCUGCGUGCCUGGCUCUAUGGUGAAAAAACCUGGCACAGAAUCCAGUGACAAUGUAUGUGAGGUUUGCCUUGAUGGAACCUUCUCAGCAACCAACAUGUCACGCACCUGUCAGCCAUGGACCAAGUGUGAAGAGGAAGGGAUGACAGAAGUAAAGGCCGGGACAGCCACUUCUGAUGCAGUUUGUGUACAAAGAAGCCUUUCUGUCACAGCGAUAGCAUUGAUAAUUGUCCUGGCAGUUUUACCUGUAUUUGCUGGAACAGUGUUCAUUUUAUGGCGGAGGAAGAAGAGGAAAUGUGGGUCACCACCUGCACAGGCCAUAGGGGAUGAGCCAAGAGAAGAGGUUGUGGAAAAUUUGAUACGGACUAGAAAGAAAGGGAGUGAUACAAACCUUCCUGUUCAGGAAACUACUAAAAACUCUAGCACAUCCGCCCUUCACAGCACCUGAACAAACACAGGCAAGAGCAGAUUUUUCAAAGAGGGAAGAGAAAAAGCCAUUCGUCAGCGCUGCAAGUGAUAGAGGAGGAACACAGAGAGGAGUCCCUACUACAGAUCUAGGGAAAUGGCCACCAGCACUGGUUUCUUCUGAAGGCUCAGGACUACUCUAGAAGAAGCUGAAUGAUCAAGGACAGAAAAUCGAUCAGAGUUUAGUGACUGGAUGCUUCUGAAAAUCCCUCUUCACUGGAUUCUAGUGAUCAUCAUCAAUGUAACUUCAGUCUCUCUGGCUAUCUCCUGUUAUUCUGAAGCCUUCCUCACUGACACAUUGCUUGGUGUAAUGUCAGCAGACUCUGGGCUCUUGGUUUCAUUCAGUAACUACUCUUAAGCUUCCCUUUAUUCAUUAAAAUGUUUGAGAGUUCCCACUCACACACCACAAAUACUUAACCAGGUAUUCAGGAAUGUUUACUGAACCACUUGCUCUUCCAUAUUGGACCAGGGGAACACAAAGCAUAUAAUCAACAUGGAUUUUAUACAUAGCUUUAGUUUUAUAACAGGGCAAUAGCGAUGUUGUAUUGCUAUAAAUAUUAGCUCUUAAUAUACCUUCUCUGAGGGUAAGAUAAAAUCCCAGGUACAAAGCAUGGUUCUUACCUGGGAAAUAAAGCUAAACCUUUUUAAUAGUGAAGUUUGGAGGGGGGACUGCACCAUCUUGCUACCCUUGAUAAAGCAGCAGUCAGAUGGCUGGACAAUCUAGGUAUGGAUUUGUGAUGCGGAUGAAAGAAGAAGACCGUGAAGUCACAUUCACCCUAGAGCAACCUUCCUGUCAGUGGGGAUAACGGGUUGUGAAGCUUCAUUCAUUAAUGUAUUUAAGCACUGCAGUGCUUGGAUGAGGGGCGUUACCACAGAGAAAAGCAGCAUGAUUAUUAUUCUGUGGCAUGGUAGAAGUGGGUCUUGCGGAGGGAUUUGAAGGAGAGUGCUGUGGCCUUUUCGAUGAGUCUGGAGCGAUGAACCAGGCGUACAGGAGCCGUGGAAGAAAGAGCCAAGGUGCUUGUGGGAGAGGCAGAUGAUUGGGUGAUGGAGGCUGCCAUUGUGGGAGGCCUGGGGAUGCUGGGGGCGAUGCAGUAAGACACAGGAGCAGGCAAGGAGGGGAAGGCUGCGUUAUGAGCAGUCUUAAAGGUAGGGAAGAGACCCUUGUGUUCUAUAGAGUGCAGAAGGGUGAGGCUACAUUAACACCAAUGUGUUAAUCCUUGCGGGCUCAGCUGAUUGCUAGUUCAUCAGUAAGGCAUUCCCUGGGAAAUAUCCCAUGGUCUUCCACUCUCUGACUUCACCCCCUCAACCAAGCUUCACAAUCAUCAUUACUGUGUACGGUAUUAAAUUGUUUAAAACUUA